AUGUCUUCACCAAGAGAGCUCGAAGAGGCGUCCGAAUUGCCCUCCGAUGAAGCUUUUGAAGAAGUAAACAAGUACAUUAAAGGUGUCUACGACAUUCUAAAACAGGAAGCGAAUAAGGUUCACAAGGAAAGAGAAGCGUUUGGUGAGGAGGCAAAGAAGCUUGAACAUGUCCACUUCUCGAAGAUGCUGAAACUUAAUGUUGGCGGCCACCUUUUCUCGACAAGUUUGUCGACCGUGAUUAAAGAUCCAGGUAACUUACUCAUGUUUCUUGCUGUUAAAAAUACAUAACCUGCACUGUAAAUUUGUCAACUGGGUCUAAGUCGACCCCAAUAAAAACCAUUUCAGCCCGUCAAAAAACCAUUUCAGCCCUACCAAAAACCGUUUGGUAGAGGAAAUCGAUUCAGCCCCUUACUGAGAAUCAGCCCCCAUAUAAGGCCAUUUUUUUUCCCCAAUGGGUCAGUUAACCUUAAUUUGGGGCCAUUUCAGACCAUUUUUGGCCUCAAAGAACAGAGUCAUUUCGAUCCAGAACAUUCAGCAUUAUCAGCUCCAUAUAUUUUGCAACUCGAAUAACUCAAACACAGCAUGGUUUCCAUUAAAUGAAUCAAUCAAAAAAUCCAUUCAACCAUCAGCUUUAUCCAAAUAUAACAACUUUUAUAACUUCUACUGAACUCGCAGCUUUUAAGCUAAAAAUAUCAUUAAAAGACAAGACCUUUCAUCGGUGUCAUAAAAAGUAUUUUCCCUCCGUGAUGGAUGGACAAUUUCGAUUGCACAGUUUCCCCAUCGGAAAAAAAAAAUUUGCAUACCACGAAACAAACUUCAGAGAGGCCGAAAGAGCCUCAUUUGACAGGUGGUUGUUAGCAGAUUCGGCCCAGGGAGUGGGUUUCCCGAAAAUCGAUCCCAAAUUUAAAAUCCAGUCUUUCGACUUCGCUGUUCCGAAAGAAACUUCUCUUAAUUCCGUUGCCCCUAAGUCUCAGCUAAUUCUUGUUACUGGCAACUUAUUUUUUAUGCUAUAGUGUAAGCAGAUUGCCCGUUUUCCUUCCACGACAGGUGUUACCGGUUCAAGGAAGUUAGGUAAUCAUUUACAAACAUAGCUGUCUACUUUUGGCCAUUUCUCUGAGAAAAAUUAUAUAUCGGGUUCUGUUUGACCCAGAAAUUCACUUUAAACAGGUAAAUAGUCUCGAGUUCAAUCAAGUGUAACUACACAGUUUUCACUGAUGCACCGGCUAUCUCAGUCACCAUAAAGGUUUUGUUUACCAACGUACCGACAAGAAAUUUAAUUAUGUGGCCGUGCAAUCAACUCGCGUAGGCAUCGCGUUUCGUGCGGCGUUGUUUCGGUCUUUCGGAAGUAAAACCCAUUUGAAAAUUUGAAAGGAAUCUACGUGAAGAAUGCAUGAGACAGUUUAACAAUUGUCUUGUAGAAAGUGUAUUUAAUGAGUAAUUGUAUUAAACCGGUAAUUACUGUAAAGACCGUGUAGAAGAGUUGGACCUCGUGAUUCGAUACGAACUCCUCGUUGAGGUCAGCAUAGAAAGCUCUUCCCAACAAAAUUGUUCAGUUGAUUGUUGAGUUCAUUCGCUGAAGGUUCGUACGAUGUUAUAUUAAUGCAUUUCUUGCUACUUUGAGGAAUUAAAAUAAAUUUGUUUGCUCAAAAUAAAAUUUUGCUAUGUUGUUAAUAUUAAACUAAGAUACCAAUCCCAUGAGUGCUGAAGGGCAGGGGCCCAUUACUUAGAUUAGUAAUGGGCUCCAGCGAAGUGCCAAACCAUAGGGAGGGAACAGGGCAACAGCAACCGAAAUUGAUUGAGCAAUAAUCACAAGACUAUCUGGUGACCUUAGAAGCAAUAGACUGUUCUUUACGCAAGUGCCACGAGUAUUUGUGAAAAAUUACCAAGUCUCUAGCGAUCAGUAUAAAACUUGAAAUAUUUUUUAUUCUAUUUGGGAUAAAAGGUGGUGGGAGGCGUGAUCUAUACGAGGGCGAGAGCAGGAGGAGAAACAACGAAGACGAUGGUUUUUUGUUUAUUAAUGGGUAUUAUUCCGCCAAAAACACUUAUCUAACAAAGUUUUGAAAUUUCCAUUUAACUUCCACCAAUGCUUGAAAGAAAAUUUUGGAAGCAAGAAAACAUAAAUUUGUACUCGGGCUGGAAAAACAGCAUUAAUUGUGGUGCAUAUCAAACUCUAUCCCCAGCGCGACAAACAUUUGUUUUUCUCGGUUCCAUGUGUACGCGACCACUAACCCCACGUAAUGCGCAUGCUUUCCGUUGCGAAUUUUCAAAAUGGCGGACAGGCCAAAGAGGGAAAUAAAAAAAAAAGCGAUUUUGCAAUGAAUACUCAACAUACACCCCCGCUAGAUAGGUGAAUCCACGAAAGAAAGAUACAAACUGUAUGAUAUUGAGAUCGAUAUGAUUUUAAAUCGAUACCGAGGGCGCCUUAAUUUGCGCCUGCGUAAAAGAGAUAUCGCCCGAGACCCUUCGCUCGGUCGUGUUUUGAUCAAAAACGCCUUGUUAAUUUCACGCAACCGCUCGGAGAAAAGGUAAAAACGACGAGGGAAAAACUUUACCUUCGAGUUAGAAAAUUAGCGAAAUAGAAAGCCACAAUAUUAUAGUUUAAUAUUUCAGAGGUACUUGAGUGCUUUUUCCGUAGAGAAUCCGCACGAUGUUAAAACAUUCGAAAAUUACACUCGAUUUGAGUGGGGCGUUGAAGUGGGCGUGGUCACUAUAUUCAUGUUAAGACUAUUUGUACCCCAUGAGUUUUAUAUGAUUUGGAAAUCCCUUCAAUUCCAUCACGUCAUAAGUCAUGAGAUAACAUGACACAUGUACACUUGUACUUCAGUAUCUGGUAAGCCGUAGCUGUCGAAGAGCUCCAGCGCAGAAAGCGAUCCAGGGUCAUCUAGGUUAAAUUUCGACAAAGACUAUGUUAAUCAGCCUCAGUAUUUUUCGGUGUGGCAACGAAAAAUCUGUUCAAGGAAGACCUUCUUGGGAGCUCGCCCCAUACGAGUGCACAUCCCAAAUUGCUGAAGAUUUUGCCUCGUGGUGCAAACUUGCUUCAAAGGAAUGCCGCUUCAGUGAGCGCGCGGAGAGUGCGGAGUGGUUCACUUUACAAUUGGCCACGAAAUAGGGACCAAUUUUCACUCCCUCUAAAGUAGGAAUUGGUUCCAGAAGGGCUGAUUUGGCCAUGCAAUCGUACCAUUUUGACCCCAUUGAAAGCCAAAACUACCCCUCAUUUUUCCAAAAGUACCCCUCAUUUUCCCAAAACAGCCCCGUUAUGAAGUCGUUUCGGCUAUCCCGUACAGGACCAUUUCUGCCCUCUUUGCUGGGGCCAAAAAAACUCUUUUCCAGAAGGGCUAAAUUGGCACUUAAAAUAGGAUUGUAUUUUACUCUACGAAAUGACCCUAUUUUGGAUAGAUCCAAUUUGGAUCAGAUCUUUUCGAUUUACAGUGUAGGAAUAACUGGCUAAUAAGAGUUGUUAAAGGAUCUUGAAGUUAAUUCGAAACAUUGUUAUGGCGUCACAGUGUUUCGAAUCAUUGUGAGCGUCAACUUUAAUUGCUUUAAGUUAGAUCAAAAUGAUUAAAUUGAGUUCCCUUUGGUUAGAAAAUGAACUGAUAAGUUGGAGGGGUCAACGAGGAUGGCGAAGGAUGGUGAAGAUUGGGUCUGAUUGAAAUCGAGUGACGAACUGCGAACGUACGGACACGUUGCCAGAAGCCCAGAUCAUAACAUAAAUCCCUUGCUUAAAGACAUAUGGAAUUUCACUCACCAUGGAUCAUUCACAUGGAAAGUUAAACGUCAUUCACGUUAGGGAACCGUAAAUGCAGAAACAGAUGAGGAUAAAAGCAAAAUAAAAGUCUUCCACAUAAUUAACUUAUCCAUUUAUUACCUUAUCUCAAUAAUUCCGACAUUUUUCGACCUGAAUCAAAUGUAACUAAUGCCAUUUUGUGUGCUUACCCAUCCAGGUUCCGUGUUACAUGUCAUGUUCUCUGGAAGGUUUGACACAAAACCUGACGAGGAUGGAACCUACUUCAUCGAUCGAGAUGGAACUCACUUCCGCUAUGUCCUGAAUUAUCUUCGCACGGGGGAACUUGUCGUCCCCGAUGAUAAGAUUAUUCGUCAUGAACUGCUGAUUGAGGCCAAAUUUUAUCAAGUCGAAGGAAUGAUAAAGGCGCUGACACAAAAACCCGUCAGAAAAACCGCCUUCGAGGAGUCUGAGAUCCUCUCAGCGGACCAAGGCAAAAGUUUAGUGGAGUUGUUAAAGAACAUCCCAAUCCUUCACAGCUUUGGUGUUGUAAGGUUAUACCGAGCUUCUCGUGAUGGCUGGGCUGCCUCCAACUUUCACUCCUGUUGUGACAACAAAGGGCCAACAGUCACAGUGAUAAAGAGCGGAAAUUACAUAUUUGGAGGAUAUUCCGAAGGAGAAUGGGAUGGUAAGAUUCUAACGAAAAAUAUUAGUGUCCAUUAAUGACUUGUCUCUGUCUCUAAUGGUUAAAAUAUCUGAAGAGUCUUGACGCAGAUCGUAUCCUGGCGAGUUCCGAGUCACUUGAUAGAACUAUAAUAAUUCAUCUCCGAUAGAGUGUAUAUGACUCUUGAAACCCUGUAUCGUUGAAGCAAUUUGAAUAAAGACGGUCUGCCAGAUUAAUCUUAGUUUUAUUAGUUGUAAACCUAGUCGUAAAUCCACUAGAUAUGAAGGUUUGUAAAUCGCAUUUGUAUUUUCAAGGUUCUUCAGGGUAUAGAAGGGCACAAAACUCGUUCCUAUUCAGCCUCGUCAACCCAAGUGGUCUGCGACCAACAAAAAUGCGCUUGAGAGCUGAACAGGAAGGAUAUUCUAUCUGGUGCAACAGCAGUUAUGGCCCAGUAUUUGGAGGUGGCAAUACUCAUGAUAUUCUCAUCCACCACGCACCAAAUACUAACAAUUGCUCCACAACCCUUAACAAUACAUAUCAGUGCGCAGUGGGAAGCACUUUUCUGACAGGAAAUCAAAGCUUUCGUGUGAAUGAAAUGGAAGUUUUUGGAUUCGACACUUAAUAACAUCUGUUAUUAUGUGACUAGGCAGAUUCUUAGACUGGAGUUCAUGACCUUUACCUGACCGUGUUAUGUAAUAGAUAAUUCAUGUAGGUUAAAAAUAACAAUCAAACCUUUAACAGGUUUUCCGUGUUAAUAAGUUACUUAUUUGUAUUUCUUUGGCAACUGUGAUUAUGGUCAGUUCAGUAGAAGCAAUUAGAAGAAGUAAUUAUUUUAUGAUUAUUAAAAUUUCUAGCACUGUACCAAAGACAUUGUAAAAGAGUUUCAAGAAGACUGUCACGAAGCAGUUACUUCAAUUACUUCUUACAAGAGUAAAUUUAAAUUUUUUUUUAAUUUGGUCUUGUACCUCUAGCUGGUAGGAUCUUCAGAGGCUUAGAAAAUACUACCGGCUAGAGGUACAGCUUGAAUAUAUAAUCGACUUUGCCCAAUUUUUACACAAUUUUCGUUGAAUUUUGCUUUUUGGCAUUCUAUAUAGUCUCACACUACAUCAGCAUCACUUUGUCAAAAAUAUCUUCCUGUUCCUUGGUCGUAUACCUCUAGCCGGUAGGAUCUCAAGUGGCUUAGAAAAUACUACAGGCUUGAGGUGCUUCGUGCAUUUACUUUUUUUAUUUAUGGAAAAAAAACUUUCUACAUUCCAUGAUAGUCUUACACUGUUGUGGAGUCACUUCAUAGGCAUAUUUUCAUGCUUUGCCGUCUUAAUCAUCUUGCUAGUAGGAUGUUGCAUUACUCACAAAACACUACCAUCCAGAGGGGCAGCUUAUGUAUGUGAAGUAAGCUUGAAAUCAUUAACAUUGUUAUGUUUUAAAUGAAUUUCAAGUUGAUAAAUUUUAAAUUAGCCUGAUUUAUAUUUUCUUCAGUUGUGGAUUUAUUUCAACACAAAUAUAACCAGUUUUAGAUGACUUUGACUUGAAAUCCGUUUAAGACUUAAAUAUGUCAACCAGAUUUACUGAAGUUUGUUAUGUAAUUCUAUGCUUAAGUAUGAAUGGAAUUUCGUAGUAGAAAUCGUAAUUUCUGAAGAUAUCAUACAAUCAUUAAAAAGUUUGGAUAAAACCACGGGCUAUGCAUAUUUUGAAAGAGUACGCUGCUUAAAUAUUUGUUUUGACGUCUCUUAACUUUCUUCCUCUGUCUCGGUUCUGAACCAAUUUUCUUCUGAGACACCUUAAUUUACGCAUUUAAUUUAAAAUCGAAUUAUAACGAACGCAUUCACUUUACGAGAAAAAAAAUGGUGGAAAUGUACGGAGAGCUUUUUUGAGAAUAUGCAGUCUGAUUUUGAAGUGUUAAGGGCUAAACGCGUUUUCAUUGUUCUGUUCUCAGAAAAAGUUGUUCUUUAUCGUCAACCAAGGGAGCCUGUAAUUUUCUUCCGCAGUUCGUAAGAAAAGGCAAUUCAAACUGGAUAUUCAAAAGUUUAGUAUUGCAUUUCCAAUGAAGAGUCGUUUACUUGCGCGCGAAUGAGUGAUUCCUUCAAUUUGAAUAUGAAAGUAUCAGCUUCCGUCACGAAUUAUAUAAAAUUUCACGGGCUAGUUUAUCUUUACCCCUUAAGUGUUUGUCUGCCCUACCAAAUAAUCGAACACCGACAGUUUCCUUCACGGCAUCUUUCCUGUCAAUUUCCAUAAAUGAUAGAUGCACAGCAGCUGGUUUCUCACAUAGAUUAUAGAUGCCUUUGAUUAAAAGAUGAAGAUUGAGUCCUUAGUUUGCGUAUUAUCACAACUUUUCAGACCAAUUGAAAUCAUUAAACAGACAUCACUUUGUAAUAUGCUAAGUAAAGUUCAAUACAUGGAUCUUUAGUCAUGGUCUCUAGACUUGUCGUGAAUUUAUGACCACCGACAUUCAGUUUCAACAUCUCUGAGAAUAAUCGACGUGUAAAUACAAAUAGAAAUUUGAUAAAUUUUAGUUUGAUACGCUUGUGGCUUAAAAUUUAGCACAAACUUUAGAAUUUAUCACUUGUGAUUCGUGUUUAACUCACCUUGCGUUCUCUUUUGUAACGUGACGAGACAAGUUCAAAUGCAUUCUGCCAUGAGAAAUUGGAAAAAUUAGAAUUACAAAUAUGGGAAUCUAAGGGCUUACAACUAUCAUCACUGGGGCAGAGCGGUCACGCGAGGAAACAGAUCAUUCCAAUUCAGUACUGCGUCGUUAAAUUAUCUUGUCUCUUGCGGAAGAAAGAUGUCGUCAUUUCGUAAGUCGCAGUAUGUAGAGGAUUCGCUCAGCGAUGGGAGCUUUGAGGAACUCUACAAGCAUAUUGAUGACGUCCACGACAUUCUGAAGCGGGAGACGAACAAGCUUCGCAAGGAGAAAGAACCUUUUGACGAGGUGGCAAAGAAGCUUGAACAUGUUCACUUCUCGAAGAUGUUGAAACUGAAUGUCGGCAGCCAUAUCUUCAUGACAAAGUCAAGAGACCACGACUAAAGAUCCAGGUAAUUUCACUGUUACUUAGAAUAUUACAAAGUGAUGUCUGUUAACUGAACUUCGAUUGGUCUGGAAAGGUUUAGUCGUCUUUAUGAAGACGUAUUCCGAAAACAUGGUUUUUAAACAUACAAAAGCCAAAUGUUAGUGGUUUAAUUUUUGUUAGACAGAAACGUUUACACUAAGGAGGUAACGAUGUACUAAAGGAGAGAAAUGAAGAAUAAAGAACAACUAGAAGCCCGACAAAUUUUAAACGAAACUUGAACCUUUAAGGAAGCUGAAACUUUCACUCUGAAAGGGUUUGGCUCCAGGAGUCACUCAUGCGCAAAUGAACGACUCACUCAUGUGCAAAUUUUGUAAUCAAAGACGUUUAUCAAUUACUUGGGAAAACCAGCUGCUAUGCCUUUGUCAUUUGUGGAAAUAUAAAACAAAAAAAUUAGUGACGGGAUUAGCAGCUAUGAUUUGUAUAAGUACUGUCAAAAUACGAGCGAGGCCCUGGGGUGGGAUUUAUAAGCAGAUGAUUUGGUUAAGGUUCGGCAAGGUAUCAGUUCGACUGUUCUGUAGGGAAUACAAACGUUAAAGGGGCACGGAUAAACUAGCCCGAGUAAUUUUAUAUGAUUCGUGACGGAUGAUAACACUUUAUCUUUAAAAGGGUCUGUCUCAAGUAAUCACUCAUUCGCGCGCAAAUUAAGGACUCUGUCAAUUUUGUUAAUUUUGUUCAGAAAUAUGCUUCUAAACUUUUGAAAUAUCUAAUUGAAUUUUCCUUUUUCAAUGAAUUCCGGAAGAAAAUUACAGAUUCUUUUGGAUGACGGUCAAGAACAGCUUUUUCUGAGAAUUGUACACAAUAAAUACGUUUAGCCCUCCACGCGCUAAUUUCAGACUGCAUGUUCUUGACAAAGCUCUCCGUACAUUUCCACUUUCUUUUUCUCAUAAAACGGAUGUGUUCGUUAUAAUUCGAUUUUAAAUUCAAUGCGUAAAUCUAGUUUCCUCAGAGGAAAAUUGGCUUAGAACCGAGACACAAGAAGACAGUCAAGAGACGUAAAAAUAAAUAUUUAAGCAGCACUCUCUUUCAAAAUAUGCAUUACCCAUAAUUUUAUCCAAACUAUUGAAUGAUUGUUUAAUAUCUUCAGAAUGUUUAAGCGCAUCAAGAAAUAAGGAGAAUGUUUCAAUCACCCCUAGCUCUCUCAUUUACCACAGUGGGAGUGCAUCCCGAGGAUAUGUAUACAUGCAUGUGUUUGACAUAAGCUGAUUUCUUAGCGAAAUAUAUUUUUGCUCCUUAUCACAGGUUCCAUGUUACACGCCAUGCUUUCAGGCAGAUUUGACACAAAGUCUGGCGAGGAUGGAUCUUACUUCAUUGAUCGAGAUGGGACCCACAUCCGGUUCAUCCUAAAUUAUCUGCGCACGGGGGAGCUUAUCGUCCCUAACGAUGAGAUCAUUCACAGAGAACUGCUGGCAGAGGCCAAAUUUUAUCAGGUUAAUAACCGAGCUAGAACGAGCAGUAUAUCCGUUUAAGGAUUCAGUGAUUCUCUCGUCCAGUCAGGGGCAGACUUUGAUGAAUUGGUUGAAGAACACACUGCGGUGAGCUUGUAUCUAGCUUCUAGAGAUGGUUGGUGUUCUUUCAACUUUCACUCCUGUUGUGAUAACAAAGGGCCAACAAUUACUGUGAUCGAGAGUGGAAAUAAUAUAUUUGGAGGAUUUACUGAACAAAGUUGGGAUGAUGGUAAGUGUUAAACACUGGCCUAGUUCUCUCCUAUCAGUUGUUCUCAAAUCCUUGUCUGAAAAUCACGAGGAGAAACUAAAAUAAUUAAUUUGUAAAGGUAUAAAUGUCUCCCAACGUUUGAGUGUACAGGAGAAGUUUGUUCAUUUGUUAUAAAUUUCUACCUUAAAGAUUUGAAGCAGAUUAAAAUUUUGACAUCAGAUACAAUCAACAAUUAGGUUCUAUUUUGUUUUGUGUGUUCGGUCACAGAGGACAUCAAAAUGAGUUAAGAACAGGAAAUGGCAAAUGACCCAUUUUGUUACUAAAUCAAGUUAGCUCUCUGAAUUUUUUCUGCAUUGCCAGCUGGGUGUGUCACACACGUGCAAUGCCGGUAAUGAAUCUCCCAGGCUCACUCGGGACUCUAUCAGUUUAUCGCCUGAUUAGAACAAUUUAUUUGCAAGAAGCUAAGAAAAUUUCAGAUCUGAGUUUGGAGAAUGUUCCCUCCUUUGACCAGCUCGGUACAGCUGGGAGACCGCUCAACUGUGAAACUGGCGGAUAGUCGGGGGUUAAUUCGAGGCUCAGACCGGACCAUAGCUAGGUUCGUUAAACAAUCAAAAGAAUAGCGCUAACCGUCUGUCAUUCUCUGUGUAUGGAACAAAAAUUUAGGGGACAAGAAGUUGUGAUUUUUUAUCAUGCGUUUUUUUUUCUCUUAACAGUCUUGGCACUGUGCGAGGGCAAAGACUAUACGUCAAGACAAAUCUGUCUAUCCCUGUCGUGAUACUUCCUAGAUUUCGGCCAGCGGUUAGCAUAUUACUAGUACCAAAGCCACUAUAUCAAAGAAUGGGCAUCUAAUAAUUAUUCACCUGUGGUGUGAUUUACUCUCCUGAGUUCUGUUCUGUGUGCUUUGAGAUAAAUGUGUGAGUUCUUACGCCUCUAAUCCCUAAAUAUAAGCCGGCAAAAUAUUAGCCUUAUUGUACUUGUUUUAUGAAAUAAUUCAAGACCGAGCCGGUUAGAUUUUAGUCCUGUAGCGCAAUAAGGAGCCUUUCGAACAAUCUUGCUUAUUAUUUCUAAACUGAACUGAAAUGCUGUUAUUAAAAAAGAAGGGCAACAUAAAAUUCUGCUUUAUGACUGAGUUACGGAAAAUUAACUAAUUUUUCCCUUGUCGAUAAACUCUAAACUAAUGUGUAACUGGCCGGGUUCUCUGAGUAAAACUAUUUCAACUCCUGUACAAGUUUUCCUAAACUAUUUUCAAGGGGAUUGUAUCCUGGAGAUUUUUUUCGCGUAAAUGCUUAUGAACAGUCCAAGUUUUGAUUCAACUUCGAUCGUUAGAGUGAAAAAUUUGUACGCAAUUUACCAAAACCAAGAGUGAAACAGCAUCAAGAGGCACUUUAAGGACGUCUUGUAAUCAGUGAUGAAAGUAGGGUCUCCAUGUGGCAACACUUAAUCGCGUAUGCUCCUAUGUUUAGACAUGCGUGUGACCACUCAAUUAUGCAUUGCUUCCGAGAAAUUGAAUAAAUCCCGGAAUCGACUGCUCAUGUUAACUUUGCAUGCCUGAAAAGGCUCGGUAAUAUCACUUUGUGCUGCGCUAAGGUGUCUUGCUGUUCUAGUUAAUCAAGAUGUCUUCACCGAGAGAGCUCGAAGAAGUGUCCGAAUUACCCUCCGAUGAAGCUUUCGAAGAAGUAAACAAGUACAUUAUAGGUGUUUACGACAUUCUGAAACAGGAGGCGAACAAAGUUUACAAGGAAAGAGAUGCGUUUGAUGACGUGGCGAACAAGCUGGAGCAUGUCCACUUCUCGAAGAUGCUGAAACUUAAUGUUGGCGGCCACCUUUUCUUGACGAGUUUGUCGACCAUGAAUAAAGAUCCAGGUAACUUAGGCCAUGUUUCUUACAUUUAAAAAUACAUACAGUAAGAAUCACUGACUAAUAAGAGCUGUUAAAGGAUCUUGAAAUUAAUUCGAAAUAUUGUUAUGCAUGGUGUCACAUUGUUUGGAAUCACAAUGAGGGUCAACUAUAAUUGCUUAAAGAACAAGGUCACUCAAAAAAUCGCAUAUCUUUUGUAGUCACCAAUAAAUAUUUUCCCCCAAGCCGAGUUAGCUACCGUUUUUUCAGUUUCCAAAGUUGCUCCGAUCUUAAUGAAAACCCACUUAAAAGUCGCCAAAGUGCACCGCCAUUUUGAAUAGGUAAUUAGCUUAGAUAUGACCACAAAUCGUCCAACUUUUCAUUACCCCCGCCUGUGUCGACGGUUACCUUUCGAUCGUGGUCACGACAGUUCUUAAAUGGUAUCGUUUCAAGCCAAAACGAGCCAAAAGUGUGGAAGAAAACAAUGACUAGGAAGGUGAAAUGAGUAAUCUACUAGAGACUACGGAUACGUGUUCUUGUAGCUUACGCCAAGAGCUACUAACGCCGAGAGAGCGCAUUCGCUGUCAGAAAGAACCAGAUUUGAAAAACAAGACGGAGGAUACAAAUAACAAAUAAAUAUACAAAAGAUCGUCGGCCAUAACGAGUGAAUACUUUCAACGGAAAGUGGUGUCUUCUUUUACAACAAGUUUUGAAAAUGAGCUGAAACGAACUAGGUUUGUAUUUAACUGCGUGUAUUUGUUCAUGUCUCAAUGUGACUGAUGUAUCUUUAACUGCAAGCUUUCCUAGUGAGAGUGGAUCAUAGUACUAUUAAACAGCUGAUACUUAUUUUUUAAAUUGGAUUCGGCACUGAUGCAAUGAACAAUCUACGCUGUCCACUAGUUUCAUUCAGUGGAUAAUGUUACAUCAAGAAAGUUUCAAAUAAGGUGUCACCGGCGGUAAAAGCAGAGUGUGAUUAUUUUCAAAGAUUGUCUAGAUCAAAUUUUUUAAAGUUUAUAUUUGACAGAUACGACAAGUAAUCUCAAGAGUAACCAAAAAUGCAACAGGGUAAAAUAAAACUGGAUAUCCCGGAUAUUCUCGUCGCACCUUUCUAUCAGGGCUUACAUUUUGUCAUAACAUUAAUAAGUUAGUCUGAGAUGAUUAAACUAAGAUAGAGCAUAUUUUAUGCUUGCAACUUACCGACAUGACAAGUAAAAAAAAAAACAAUACAACCAGCUAAUUUAAAUACCGAAGAUUGUAGAUUUCAUCAGUCGUUAACCCUUUACACCCUAGCUCAAGUAUGCAUAUUCUCCAUACUGUUCUGUAUGCAUUUUCUUUAAGUUGUAGCCUGCAGUGUAGUCGUCUUAUCAGUGGGAGCUAACGUUAUAAGCUCGCGAUCGUUUAUCGACCGGCCAUGUUUGAUUUGGAUUUGAGGUGUACGAUGGGGGUAGGGAACGGGGAAAAGGCGAAAAGACGCCUGGCCGAAGAAGCUGUUAAAAUGCUAUAGACCCCCUGAUUAGUUACGCUGCACUGAAUUUCCAGAAAUAGGCAGAUAACCAACAAAAAUUACUGUUCCAGGCAAUUGUUAAUAUCUUUGUAUAAAGGCUGGUCCUUGCGUAAAGAAAGGAAACUUCGUUUUUAACAUCAUGUGUGGCAAAUUUUAGUUUGACGGCGACUUCUUUGUUCGAAAUCCUUUAUUCAGGGAUGAUUUUCUAAGGAGAAAUUAGAUGCUAGCUUCUCUUAGCUUAGAGGUUAAAACCAGUAUGAUUCCCAUCUCCUUUCGCAAACUCCUAGCAUAGUUGUAAUGACUUAGGAUGAAAUCAUUUAAAUCUCCUCUUCCAAGAUUUCCAUAGAUCUACCAGAUAUACUGUUGAUAAGGUGCAUAGAGAUAGUGAUUAGAGAUCAAAUAGGUAACUUUAAAAAAAUAAAAAUAAAAAAAACCGAAACAAAUAAGCAAUAUUUAAUCAUAAAAUGUAAGAGGAACGGAAUAGCAUCGUUCUCUUGAUUGUAUAUUUUCAUUUGAUCAAGAUUUAAAAUACGUGUAUUUAGGAUCUAAACGGCUUCACGUCAUAAUGAUUGCAGACUUUCCAUUCUCGAUGUAAUUUGAGAGAAAUCAUGUUAGUAAUGAGAAAGUACAGUACAUAAUGUAUCCUGAAGUAAAUCCUAUCAGCAUUACUCUUACCGAUUUUACAUUGGUGAAGGCACGGAUGAUCUAUUACAGUCGUGGAAGCCCACUAUCGCAGUUAGUAACAACACUUGAUUUAAGCACACGGUUAAAAAUUCCUCCUUCUUUAAAAUAUACGAAACCCUCGCACUUUGCCCAGCAGCAAAAUGAACGGUAUUUGACAUAAGCUGAUUUCUCGGCGAAAUAUGUUUUUGCUCCUUAUCGCAGGUUCCAUGUUACACGCCAUGUUUUCUGGCAGAUUUGACACAAAACCUGACGAGGAUGGAUCUUACUUCAUUGAUCGAGAUGGAACCCACUUUCGGUACAUCCUGAAUUAUUUGCGCACGGGGGAGCUUAUCGUCCCUAAUGACGAGAUCAUUCGCAGAGAACUGCUGGCUGAGGCCAAAUUUUACCAGUUCGAAGGAAUGAUAAACGAGCUGCAACCAACGCCAUUAGCAGAUCCAAUCCAGACUGUGAUUCAACCGUUCAAGGAUUCAGUGAUUCUCUCGUCCAAUCAGAGGCAGACUUUGAUGAAUUGGUUGAAGAACACACCGGGCGUUUCCAACAGCAAUGAGCUUUUGUUGUACCGAGCUUCUAGAGAUGGUUGGUAUUCUUACAACUUUCACUCCUGUUGUGAUAACAAAGGGCCAACAGUUACAGUGAUCGAGAGUGGAAAUAAUAUAUUUGGAGGAUUUACUGAACAAAGUUGGGAAAGUAAGUUCUAAACACUAACCUACUUCUUUUCUUUCAGUUGUUCUCAAAUUAUUGUCGGAUGGUUACGACAAGGAUGCUUAAAUAAUUAUAAUGCUAACGGAGUAUUUGAAAAGGCAUAAAUGUCCCCCAACGUUUGAGUGUUCAGGAAAAGAAUGUUAAUUUGUUGUAAAUUUCCACCUUGAGGAUUUGAAGUAGAUUAAAGAUUGGACAAUAAAUACUAUCAACAAUUGGACUCCAUUUUAUUCUGUCUGUUCCGUCGCAGAGGACAUCAAAAUGAGAUAGGAACAGGAUAAUGGCAAAUGACCGGUUGUGUUUCUAAAUCAGGCACCGAAUUUGACAUCACAUUACGCACCCGCGCACGCUAAAACAUUUGCAGUGUGUUGUUUCGAGUGUGACUAAUCGUCGCGUGUCGCGUGUCGCGGCUCGCGCCUUUCCAAAAAUCGCAAUUCAUUAUAAAUUGUCGCGGCGCGCGACUAUAAGUAAAAUACCGUUGUUUUGUGGAGAAUCUCCACUCCUCAGCCUUAGAAAUUUAGAGACCCUCUUGGACGUUCAUCAAAAGAAAAUAUAACUUCAAAACGAAUGUAAAUUCCAAGGGAGGGUCUCUGUUUCUGAAAAUGUUUAUCCUUAGUCUUUGCAAAAUUAGGAACUUUUGCUUCAGAAAACGGAAAGGCGGAGGGCGCAGAAACGUGAUGAACGAAAUCGAGUUCAAUAUUAGUGCCAGUAAGAGGCCGUCAAGAUUCCAAUAUAAAAUUAUUUCGGAAAAUUGUUUCAAAUUUGAGCCCCUCGCUGUACAGAUAAAAUGAAACAAUUUUGUGGUGACGUCCUCUGGUAUGUCUGUGCUCUUUCAGAUUAAAGGCAACCACCAUUCGCACGACGGGUACAUUUAGCUCAUUGCACAAGACCUUUCCUCACCCAACAUUAAGGCUCUAUUCAAAAAAAUAAAAAUUGGUGACUAGUUAUUGGAUAGCAGAACAACGGAAUUUUAAAAUUGUCAGAUUCUGUAAGCAUUCACUUUAACUGGUUAGCUUGUUUUUUGUUUAGGUAGUGGAUCAUACAAAAGUGCAGAAAACUCGUUUCUGUUCAGUCUUGUCAACCCGAGUGGUCUAUCACCAACAAAGAUGCCUUUGAAGAGUGGACAAGAAAGAUAUGCUAUGUAUUGUUAUACUGGCUAUGGACCAACAUUUGGAGGUGAAAAUUAUCAUGAUCUUUGUAUUUUCAAUACACCAAACUGCAACAAUAACUUUGCAUAUUUGAAUAACGCUUACCAAUGUCCAUCAGGACAAAAUGCCGAGACGUUUUUAACAAGAAGUGAGACAUUCAGGGUGAGUGAAAUGGAAGUUUAUAGGUUAUAGAAGUAAACAAGAUUUUUUUCCUACGACUGAAGCGAAAAUAGUUUAUAAACUACUGCCUCUCGUUCAUUUUCUUUGACAAGUCAUAGUUGCACCAAUACUGUUGACUUGAAAAAAAGAAAAAUCAAACUUUAAGGAAAAUAGUGAUGGAAAAGAUCGUAAUGUGUGUUCGUUUGGUUUGAUGAAUUGCUGAAUUGUUUAAAUAGUUUUUUAAAAUCCUGAUUAUUGAGACCUUUCCAUUGUCUAUAACGCAGAUGAUGUUGCGCAAAUGUACAUGUUCGCAGUUUUGUUUAUCCAUAAAUGUUUGUGGAACUAAGGUUUAAAACCAUUGAUGUUAAUAAAAAAUACCAUCAAACAGAGUCUUUCCCAUACUUUUGUUUUCGUUAUCACCCUGUCUUCCUUCCCUUUUUCAGAAGCCCCGGCACUCUGUAUGCACCACAGGUAACUUUUCGACCGUAUUUGACAGGAAAGGGAGAGGAGGGGGGGGAGAAGCUAUUCCCUUUAAUAAAAGCAGUCAGAAUAAUGCUCUCAAAACUUGCAAAGCAAUCUCUCGACAUUGUCAGCGAAUAGUUCCAUUGCGCAGCGACGAGCAUUUUGCUUUUAAAGAAAAACCCUGAUGUGCACGUGAAUUGGCCACCGUUAAGAAAUUCUUCAGAUAAUCUUUUGCGUAUUGUCCCAUCGUCAGAGCUAACUCAAAACGUCAGCUUGAGAACAUCUCAACGGUGGCCGAUAUCCAUUUUCAACAGUUACUGACCCAAUGAUUUUAAUUUUCACAUUUAGUGAAUCAGAGGUAUUGCUUUAUUGGGUAUCACCCGGAAACCUUUACGCAAGUGUUGUUGUUACCUUUUUUUUUCUUUAGGAAGCAAUUUUUACAUAUGAUCUAGAAGUGUCUGAAAAGAAAAAAAGUCGUGACAAAUUAGGAUCUUUAAAGAAAACAUUGAAUAUGUGGUUUCAAAGAGACCUCUCCAUCUAUCAGUUGGUCAUGUUUGGCACAUUUCUUGUUAUUUCUCAGGCUUGGUUGUUCAAAGCUGGGUUAAGAUAACCCAGGAUAAGUGUCAAAUUUGAUUUCAUAUAUAAAAGGUUUAUAAGAAAACUCAGUUAAACUUCUUUUGUCUACCAUUAAAUGAUGGGAUGCAGUGAAAAAAAAAAACCAAAAAAAAAAAAAAAAAAAGAUAGAGAAAAUUAUCCCCAAAAGGCUUUUGGGUGCAGAAAUAAAGAAACCGGAAUCAAUAUUUAACCCUGGGUUAACGCUAAUCUGCCUUCGAACAACUGAGCCUAGCUGCAGACCUUUUUUCUGUGUCGUUCAUUGGGUGUCUUGUAGGGUUAAUGAUUCGUAGUGAAUUCUUCAAGCUCCCACGUGGCUCCAUCAGUAAAUCGCCCGGCUGGAACAUGUUAUUAACAAGAAACUAAGAAAAUUUCAGUUCUAAUUAUAGAGUUUGUUCCCUCAUGUGAACUAGAGGACUACUUGACCACGGGCGUGUUCGGGAAGUUAAGGUGCUAAGAAGAAAUUUCCCCCUCUGUGAUGCCAUUUGCAGCAAAAAACAUUCUCUCUUCUCUCAAAAUACGAGCUGCCCGUAAUUAUCUCGGAACUGAGCGCACGUUUUGGCCAAAAAGAGAUUGGCACAGUUGCACCCUAGCUUUGUCCUACCAGGAGAUCUCGAAUGUAAAAACAUCACAGCAGGCUGUUCUCGUUUAAAACGUCCAUCAUACGUUUUCUCUGCAACACGGGACUGUGCGAGAGUAAAAUGCGUUCUAAAUUUUUUCAAGCAAUUUUCUUUCCACCUAAGGACUAUGCGAGAGAGAAAAAAAAUCUAAAAACAUCAGUUUAUCACCGAAUGAAAGUUCGCAAAACGUCAGCCUUACUGUUGUUAUUUGACGAAAGAAUUGAAAAACCGAGCUGGUUGAAUUUUAAUCCGAUCGCAGAAGUCGGCGUUAAUAGGUGCCUUUCGCACAAUCUGUUCUUAGUUUACAUACUAUCUUUACGAUGUAAAUGUAGCAACUAGAGAAGAAAGGGAGUGCUCUGGUCUGUUACUGCACUACGUAACUAGCUUUUGCCUUGUUGAUAACCGCAAAACAUAUUUAAAUGGUCCGUCUGUGGGACCCAUUCAGGGAAUUUUUGCGUGAACCCCCCUCCCCCCCUUUUGCUAACUUGCAGAAUUUAUUCUGAAACUACAAAAGAAACUAAAGCGAAAUGAUAUCAUCAAGCACUUGGAGGAUGUCUUCUAUUCUGUGAUGAAAAACAGGUUCUUAACUGUGUCGACGCGAGUACUUCAUAUCGUGUGACAUAGGUUACGUGUUGUGUGACCAUUCAAGUAAUAAGUUAUGCAUCGUUUCCGGAAAGAUUCCCGGAAUCAAUUGUUCACGGAAACAUCACUUUCUUAAGCGCUAGUGGAGAAAGAUGUCUUCACCAAAAGGGCCCGAAGAAGCGUCUGACUUACCUUGCGAUGAAGCUUUUGAGGAAGUAAACAAGUACAUUAAAGGUGUCUACGACAUUCUGAGACAGGAGGCGAAUAAAGUUCACAAAGAAAGGGAAGCGUUUGAAGAGGUGGCAAAGAAGCUUGAACAUGUCCACUUCUCGAAGAUGGUGAAACUUAAUGUUGGCGGCCACCUUUUCUCGACAAGUUUGUCGACCAUGAAUAAAGAUCCAGGUACCUAAGGCCUUGUCUCUUACAUUUAAAAAUACAUACAGUAACUGGCUAAUAAGAUCUGUUAAAUGAUCUUAAAGUUAAUUCGAAACAUUGUAAUGGCGUUCGCAGUUUGUCAGUCGAUUCAAUCAGUAUCAAUCUUUACCAUCCUUUGCCAUUCUCGUCGCUUUUCGGAUCCCCCCAACCAAUCAGCUCGUAUUUUUACCAAAGAGACUUUAAUUUCCUCGUUUUGAUCUAUCUUAAAGCAAUUAUAGUUGACGUUCACAAUGAUUCGAAACACUGUGACCUGCGGACACGAUGCCAGAAGCACAGAUCAUAACAAAGAUCCCUUACCUAAAGAUAAAAGGAAUUUCACUUUCCAUGGGUCAUUCACAUGGAAAAUUAAACGUCACACACAUUGGCCGGACUUCAAAAAUGAAAAAAAUAAACUUAAUUGGGAAAACGUUGUAAAUAUAGAAACAGUUGAAGAUAAAAAGCAAAAGAAAAGUCUUCCAUAUAAUUAACUUAUCCAUUCUGUUACCUCAUCUCAAUAUAAUAAUUCCGACAUUUUUCGACCUGAAUUAAAUGCAAUUAACGCCAUUUUGUGUGGUUAUUCAUCCAGGUUCCAUGCUACAUGCCAUGUUUUCCGGAAGAUUUGACACAAAACCUGACGAGGAUGGAACCUACUUCAUUGAUCGAGAUGGAACCCACUUCCGAUACAUCCUGAAUUAUCUGCGCACGGGGGAACUUGUCGUCCCCGAUGAUAAGACUAUUCGCCAUGAACUGCUGAUUGAGGCCAAAUUUUAUCAAGUUGAAGGAAUAAUUAAGGCGCUGACACCGAAAACCGUUUUUGAAGAGUCUGAGAUCCUCCUAAAAGACCAAAGCAAAAUUUUGGUGAAGUGGUUGAAGAACACCCCUGGCGUUGACAGCGUCAGUGUUGAAUUGUUAUACCGAGCUUCUCGUGAUGGCUGGGCGGCCUCCAAUUUUCACUCCUGUUGUGACAACAAAGGACCUACAGUUACAGUGAUAAAGAGCGGAAAUUACAUAUUUGGAGGAUAUUCUGAAGCACAGUGGGAUGGUAAGAAUCUAACGAACAAUUUUAGUGUCGAUUAGUGACUUGUAUCUGUCUCUAAUGGUUAAAAUAUCUGAGGAGUCUUGACUAAGAUCGUAUUCUGGCGAAUUACUUAAUAGAAUUACUAAAGUGGAAGCUUAAAAUAAUAAAAAUUCCUCUCCGAUUUUGUAAAUUUUUAUCUAUGAAAUUGAAAACACAUUUUUGAAACCCUGUAUCGUUGAAGCAAUUUGAAGAAAGACGGGCUGCCAGAUUACUCUUAGUUUAAUCAGUUAUAAACCCAGUCGCAAUUCCACCAGAUAUGAAAGUGUGUUGAUUGCGUUUGUAUUUUUAAGGCUCUUCAGGAUAUAAAAGGGCACAAAACACGUUCCUAUUCAGUCUCGUCAACCCAAGUGGUCAGUCACCAACAAAAAUGUCCUUCAGAGCUGGACAGGAAGGAUAUUCUAUCUGGUGCAACAGUGGCCAUGGCCCAACAUUUGGAGGUGGUAAUGCUCAUGAUAUUGUCAUAUGCAACUCACCAAAUACUAACAAUUGCUCUACGAUCCUCAACAAUGCAUAUCAGUGUGCAGCGGGAAACGCGUUUCUGACAGGAAGUCAAUAUUUUCGUGUGAGUGAAAUGGAAGUUUUUGGAUUCAAUAAUUGAAAACGUUUGUUAUUAGCUGACUGGGGCAGAUUCUAUUAUUAAUGGCCUUUACUUGUCCGUGAUAUGUGGUAGAUAACCAAUCCAUGUAAGUUAAAAAUAACACUUAAACCCUUAAUCAUAACCAUUACAAUUUCCUCAAAUGUUAUUGGUGCAUCAGCUACUUUAUAUUUCACUUACCAGUCUGUACAGUCGCAGUGGAACAGUGUGAUCGGACAGUUAACUGCAAUUGGACACCUGUAGUCGGACAGUUAAAGCAGCCAACCAUACUAAGUCCACUCAGCUAAAUCCACCAAUCACAGAAUUGAUCACAAUAACCAUAGCAACAACAACUUAUCCUGGAGAGAAAACUGGGAAAUGUCCAAAUUUUUUGCUAUAGACACUAUCCCUACUGGAGUUGUUUGUCCUAAAUGUUUUUUUUUUUUCCGGAAAUUGUAAUGGUUAUGAUUAAUUGGUAACAGUACUUCGUGUCGUCCAAUUCUGUCUGUAAUCAUGCUCGUGACAGACAAAUCGGACUCCCGCUUCGCGGUCGUCCGAUUUGGUUAAUCAUUCAUAUGAUUACAAACCGAAUUGGACUCCACUCAGUCCUAUUAUCAUUAUUAAUUAUAACGAGUUAACAGGUUUUCCGUUGUAAUAAGUUACUAAUUGAACUUCUUUGGCAUUUGUGAUUAUGAUCAGUUCAAUAUAUGCCCCGUCAUUAUUUUACGUUUGUUAGAAUGUCUUGCACUGUACCAAAGACAUUGUGAAAGUACUACAAGAAGACUGUUACGAAGCAGAUAAACAUAUCGAUAGACAACGCAGAGGAAGAACUUUUUCUUUUGUCGCAUUUAUUUGGGAUUAUAAGAAUUCUAAUGUAUCGAAUUCAUGGUAACUAAUUUUAUAUCUUUGGGUAACGUGAGGAUUUUCAUCCUUUUUAUCUUUGUCUUAUCUGAGUUUAGCUCUGGUAGUUAUACUGGUCACGAUGCAAUCUUGCAUGAAAAGCAGUAAAGAGACCAUUAAAGUGAUACGCAGUUUUAGUUUUUAUUCAAAGCUAUGUCCUCCAUACAAGUCCAUUACAAAAGCUUGAUUUUUGUUCACUCAGACCUCGGUUUCGAUAAUUCAAGAUAUCAUUAUAACCAACAAACCAGCCACAAAUUUAAGAAGAGUUUAAUUUCUUGAGAAUCGAUCGAACUCUUCUACUUACACGUAACCUCCAGUGGUUUCUUAAUAAAGUGUUCCGAACAUAAUACAUUAAGAACAGAAAAACUAAUUACACGAUUAGAAAUACGAAUAACAGAAAUAACAGAAAUACGAGUAAUGUAGGAAAUACAAAUAGCAGGAAAUUGGAAUAACGUAGGAAAUACCAACAACAUAAGAAAUACGAGACACUUGACGAAAGGUCAAUUUACUCUGAUGAUUUUGGAAUACGGUUGUCAUAAGAUCCUACUCUCAAUUCCAUUUCAACUUGAGCUCACAACUUUAUGUACAUGUUCCGCGCGAAAGUCAAACUCACGUAAAUAGCCGCGCGGACUGGGGCUCGGCGGGAGAUUUGUUUCUACAAUCAUGCUCAACUUCAUCCAACAUAUAAUUACCAUACAAUUACCAUACAUAUUAAUUAAUUAUUCUGUAAAAGUUCUCCUGAACUAUUUUCAAGGGGAUUGUAUUCAGGAAAUUUUUUUUCUUUCGUUAGAGUGAAAAACAUUAAUGAACAGUGAGGAAGUCUUGUCAUUUUUGAUUGGAUUAAUCACGCUUCAUCGCUUAUGCUCCUAUUUUAGACAUGUAAUAAAAUGCAUUGCUUUUGAAUGAUACCUGAAAUUGUUUGUGUUAACUUUGCUAUCUAUCUUUGUGCUGCGCUAAAGUGUCUUGCUGUUCUAGUAAAUCGAGAUGUCUUCAUCAAGAGAGCUCGAAGAAGCGUCCGAAUUACCCUCCGAUGAAGCUUUUGAAGAAAUAAACAAGUAUAUUAAAUGUGUCUACGACAUUCUGAAACAGGAGGCGAAUAAAGUUCACAAAGAAAGGAAAGCGUUUGAUGAGGUGGCGGACAAGCUUGAGCAUGUCCACUUCUCAAAGAUGCUGAAACUUAAUGUUGGUGGCCACCUUUUCUCGACAAGUUUGUUGACUAUGAAUAAAGAUCCAGGUAACUUAUCUAUGUUUCUUACUUUUAAAAUACAUAAACUAGGUAUUACUGGCUGAUAAGAGUUGUUAAAGGAUCUUGAAGUUAAUUCGAAACACUAUUAUGGCGUCACAGUAUUUCGAAUCAUUGUGAGCGUCAACUAUAAUUGCUCUAAGAUACAUCGAAACGAUAAAAUUUAAGUCGUUUGGGUAAGAAAAUGAACUGAUUAGUUGGAAGGGGCAACUUAAAAGCAACGAGGAUAAUGAAGGAUGGUAAAGAUUGGGUCUGAUUGCAAGCGACUGACGAACUGUGAACGUUCGGACACGAUGCCAGAAGUCCAGAUCAUAGAAUAAAUCCCUUGCUUAAAGACUUAUGGACUUUCACUCACCAUGGAUCGCUCACGUGGAAAAUUAAACGUCAUACACGUUAGCUGGGCAUCAAAAGGGAAUGCAGAAACGGAUGAAGAUAAAAACAAAAGGAAAGUCUUCCAUAUAAUUAACUUACCCAUUUAUUACCUUAUCUUAAUAAUUCCGACGUUUGUCGACCUGAAUCAAAUGUAACUAAUUAACGCCAAUUUGUGUGCUUAUUCAUCUAGGUUGCGUGUUACAUGCCAUGUUUUCUGGAAGGUCUGACACAAAACCUGACGAGGAUGGAACCUAUUUCAUUGAUCGAGAUGGAACUCACUUCCGGUACAUCCUGAAUUAUCUUCGCACGGGGGAACUUGUCGUCCCCGAUGAUAAGACUAUUCGUCAUGAACUGCUGAUUGAGGCCAAAUUUUAUCAAGUCGAAGGAAUGAUAAAGGCGCUGACACAAAAACCCGUCAGAAAAAUCGCCUUCGAGGAGUCUGAGAUCCUCUCAGCAGACCAAGUCAAAAAUUUGUUGGAGUUGUUAAAGAACUCCCCAAUCCUUCAUAGCGUCAAUGUUGAAAUGUUAUAUCGAGCUUCUCGUGAUGGCUGGGCUGCCUCCAACUUUCACUCCUGUUGUGACAACAAAGGGCCAACAGUCACAGUGAUAAAGAGCGGAAAUUACAUAUUUGGAGGAUAUUCCGAAGUAGAGUGGGAUGGUAAGAUUGUAACGAAAGAUAUUAGUGUCGAUUAAUGACUUGUCUCUGUCUCUAAUGGUUAAAAUAUCUGAAGAGUCUUGACGCAGAUCGUAUCCCGGCGAGUUACUUGAUAGAAGUACAGAAGUUGGAGCUUAAAAAAUAAUAAUUCAUCUCCGAUAGAGUGUACAUGACUCUUGAAACCCUGUGUCGUUGAAGCAAUUUGAAUAAAGACGGUCUGCCAGAUUACUCUUAGUUUUAUUAGUUGUAAACCUAGUCGUAAAUCCACUAGAUAUGAAGGUGUGUAAAUCGCAUUUGUAUUUUCAAGGUUCUUCAGGGUAUAGAAGAGCACAAAACUCGUUCCUAUACAGCCUCGUCAACCCAAGUGGUCUGCGACCAACAAAAAUGCGCUUGAGAGCUGAACAGGAAGGAUAUUCUAUCUGGUGCAACAGUAGGUAUGGCCCAGUAUUUGGAGGUGGCAAUACUCAUGAUAUUCUCAUCCACAACGCACCAAAUACUAACAAUUGCACCACGACCCUCAACAAUACAUAUCAGUGCGCAGUGGGAAGCACUUUUCUGACAGGAAAUCAAAGCUUUCGUGUGAAUGAAAUGGAAGUUUUUGGAUUCGACACUUGA